UUUGAAGGGAAAAGCAAGUGGGGAGAAAACACUUGGUUUGAUGGAGAUGUUUCUCUUAGGGCGGUAUUUUUCCCCCCAAAUGUCCUAGGACUUCUUGGGAGUGCCCCAAGACCUUCUCACGGUAUGGCAGAUUUAUGGAUGACCUAAGGAUCUACGUGAAAGGUGGAACUGGUGGAAUGGGUCAUGCUCAUUUAGGUGGCAUUGGAGGAAAAGGCGGUGAUGUCUGGUUAAUAGCAGAUGAAAAAAUGACCUUGAAGAAAAUGAAAGAUAAAUAUCCAAAGAAGCGGUUUGUGGCAGAAGCAGGAACCAACAGUAGUAUUGCUGCAUUGAAAGGAAAUAAAGGAAAAGACUGUGAAGUAAAUAUACCUCCAGGAAUAUUUGUUACUACAGAUGAUGGGAAACAGCUUGGUAAACUUGACAAAGUAGGAGAAAGAUUGUUGGUAGCACAUGGAGGUAUUGGUGGAUGUCCAGUAACAAAUUUCUUGCCUACCAAAGGUCAGGUUCACAUGAUACAUCUUGAUCUAAAACUUAUUGCAGAUGUUGGUUUAAUUGGAUUUCCAAAUGCAGGAAAGUCCUCUUUAUUAACUAAGAUUUCUCAUGCCAAACCUCAAAUUGCAGAUUAUGCUUUCACAACACUAUCUCCCGAAAUUGGAACUGUGAUGUAUCCUGAUCACAAGCAG